ACCGACUAAAAUGUAGGAUAGGGGGUGAAGAUAGAUUCGUCACCUCAGAGGUCACAAAUGACACAACAUGACAACUCGUAGUCUAUGGCUAAUUGAUUAUCAGUAAUCGAUUAUAUACAUUCAGUUUUUUCUUAUCACUCCUUCUCACUUCCCACUACCUUUUCUUCUUCUUCUUCCACCCACCUCAAUAGUUUUCUCCUCUGUCUAUUCCGAACAUAAAAUCAAUAAUUUUAAUUCAUUAAUCUGCAAGUACAAUAUCACGCACCAUGUUCCGCCACCGCUUCCUCAUCGUGAUGUACCCAGCACAAGGCCACAUAAACCCUGCAUUCCAGUUCGCAAAGCGUCUCGUUAGUUUGGGCGCACACGUCACUGUUUCCACCACCGUCCACAUGCACCGUCGCAUCACCAACAAACCCACCCUCCCUCACCUCUCCUUUCUCCCUUUCUCCGACGGCUACGACGACGGUUACACCUCCACCGAUUACGCCCUCCAAGCCUCCGAGUUCAAGCGUCGCGGCUCAGAAUUCGUCACCAAUCUCAUCGCCUCCAACGCGCAAGAGGGUCAUCCUUUCACUUGUUUAGUCCACACCGUGCUCCUUCCUUGGGCAGCUCGGGCAGCCCGUGGGUUUCACCUCCCGACGGCGUUGCUUUGGACUCAACCAGCCACCAUACUCGACAUAUUCUACUGCUACUUUCACGAACACGGUGACUACAUCAAAGGCAAAAUCAAAGACCCCUCGAGUUCCAUUGAACUGCCAGGAUUGCCGUUAUUGCUUGCACCACGGGACCUACCUUCAUUUCUAUUGGGUUCAAACCCUACUAUUGACUCUCUCGCGGUUUCAAUGUUUGAAGAGCAACUUCAUGAUCUUGACAUGCAAGCAAAGCCCAGAAUACUUGUCAACACCUUUGAAGCGUUGGAACAUGAGGCUUUGAGGGCCGUUGACAAUUUCAACAUGAUCCCCAUCGGGCCGUUGAUUCCCUCGGCCUUCUUGGACGGGAAAGACCCCACUGAUACUUCAUUUGGGGGUGACAUCUUCCGCCCCUCGAAUGAUUGUGGUGAAUGGUUGGACUCAAAGCCAGAGAUGUCGGUGGUUUAUGUCUCAUUUGGUAGUUUUUGCGUGUUGUCGAAGAAGCAAAUGGAAGAACUUGCACUUGCGUUAUUAGAUUGUGGAAGUCCUUUCUUGUGGGUCAGUAGAGAAAAAGAAGAAGAGGAGCUAAGCUGCAGGGAGGAGUUGGAACAGAAGGGGAAGAUAGUAAAUUGGUGUUCUCAAGUGGAAGUUCUUUCACAUCGUUCUGUGGGGUGUUUUGUGACGCACUGUGGUUGGAAUUCGACAAUGGAAAGCUUGGCUUCGGGGGUUCCUAUGUUUGCAUUUCCUCAGUGGAUCGAACAGAAGACUAAUGCGAAGCUAAUAGAAGAUGUGUGGAAGACGGGGGUGAGAGUGGAUAAACAGGUAAACGAGGAAGGGAUAGUAGAAAAGGAAGAAAUUAUCAAGUGUUUGGAAGUGGCCAUGGGGAGUGGAAAGAAAGGACAGGAAUUGAGAAACAAUGCAAAAAAUUGGAAGGGUUUGGCCAGGGAAGCUGUCAAGGAAGGUAGCGGCUCUUCGGAUAAGAAUCUAAGGGCUUUUCUGGAUGAUCUUUGCCCUCAUUAAAUGCAUAUAUAACUUCAUUAUCUCUAUUUUUCUAUCCAUUCUCAUGUAAUUUAAAGAACAAUAGUUGUGAAAUAAAAAGUUAAAUAUACUAUAAAAAAAUUGUAAUAUAUAUAUAUAUAUUUUUGUUAUCA